CAUUGUUUUGUGCCCCUGACAGACCUCCCGCCACUACACAGUUUUCAUCCUCAGAGAUGAAGAAGCACAGAAAAGAAGCGUUUCAACCAAGAACUUCCUUACAGCCCAAAAAUACAUCUAAUAUGCAAGAUAUCCUCUUUAAUUCACGUAUUGGGUAUAGUACUAGCACCUCAUUGGUGGUCCCAGAAACACCAGAAAUGUCGUGUCCCAGCACUAGCAUGGCCGCUGUUUCCACCUUGGUAUCGGUAAUGGAAACGCCAGACGAAGAGGUGCUAAAUGUGGUAAAUAAAGAUGAAACCAAUGCAAGCAAUGAAAAUCAUGAAAAGAGUGAAGAUGUACAGGAAAACGAUUGUGAUGAAAAUGAUGAAUCGGACUUACUUUAUGUGUCGCCGGAUCUUAACCUCGGCAGAAGAAAGAAACUUUUGUCUUUGUUAGAAUCUGAGCAUUCCUUCACAAAAUCCCUCCAGUCGCAAAAAAUAAAAAAUAGCUCGAUGCUUUUUCGUGAAAAUAAUGUUGGUAAAAAGAAAAAAUUAAGAGAAAGAGUAGGGAUGCUUUCUCCUGUGAAAGGACGAAAGAGAUUAUCACUAGCAGAUACUAUAUUGCCAUUUGAUCUUAAUAAUUCAAAGCAUUGUUCACACAAACUUAAAGGUAUUGAAAAAAGAAAGAAAUCGAGGAAGUCUAUCAGUACCCCAACAAAUUCUAGACUAGCAAACUUGAACACAUCGCAGACACAGUCAAGCACAAAAAUUAAAAAUGUUCGUCAGGAAAAUACACAAUUUGAAAAGGGAAAUAAUUUAACUAUAUAUUUUGAUAGUGAGGAUAUCCUCUUGACUCCAGUCAGCAGCAGUCAGCAUUUGAUCGAGAAUGCUGUGCAGAGUAUUGUAGAUGGGCUGGAAUCGCAGCAGUUAGUUGAUGGUAAUGAACAUAAAGUAGCGAUGGAGCAUCAAGUGCAGGAAAGUGCAGCAGCAACAGAACAUGACUGCAACUUGAAUAACAACUCGAAAAAGAAACACAAUGAUGCAACACCAGCAAAACUUGAUUGCAGCUGGAAUAACAACCUUAAAAGGAAGAAUAAUGAUAGCAACGAUACUACAGCAAAGGAACCUGCAGAAUCUCUUCCAGAACUGAGCUCAAUUUUAUUAGGUGUAGUGGCAUAUGUGGAGGUACGCAUGGGAAGUGACAAUCGGUCUGCAGUCAUUAAAGAACAAGUGCGAGCUUUGGGGGCAGAGGUGCGGGAAAGGUUAACAGCAGCUGUUACCCAUGUUAUUUUCAAGGAUGGCUCUAAGUCUGUUUUUAAUCGAGCUGUGAAGUCUAGGCUACACUUAGUGUCAUCACUGUGGGUGGAGGCUUGUCGGGAGAAGCGUCAACAUGUACCUGAGGCACUCUUCCCCAGUUGUUCAAUUGACCUCUACAAAGCUCCAAUGCUUCCCACUAAACUCAGAAGGUUGAAAUCUAUGCAGCCAAAAGAGCUUUCAGAAGAGGAAAAUCUAGCGGCUGCUCGUGCACGUCGCCGGAUAAAGACCUUAAGUUCUUCAUCGACUCCAUCUUCUCUGAAGAGUGAAUUGCAAUUUUCUGUUCCAUCAUAUAGUUCUAUCAAUGAGGCUAGAGACUCACCACUGUUUGGCAUUGGGCAUUUGUUGACCCCACAACGACGGAAGUCUGGGUCCUCGACUUCCAGUGAAGAGGAAGAAAUAAACCCAGUAUCAGGCAUGCCACAAGACAUUAACUCCCCACUUGUACAACGCCUCUAUAAAAGAUUCAUCUCUCCAAAGUGCAGUAUCACUGAAAGACCAUUAAGAGGUUCCAUAGGAGAUAAGGAACAAGGUCUCACUCUGAACACCUCUAGUGAUGAUGCCUCUUGUGAAAGUGAUAGAGAGAUUUCAGAAAGAGGAAGGGUACAUAAUGGUACAUUAGAAAACCUGGAGUGCCAGAUGACAGUUGCUAGUGAUGAGAGUAUGAACUUGAGGCUAAGUCUGAUGGACAGCAGUGAUAAUAAUGAAGGAGAUAUGCCUAUAAGAUUGACCGAGAUGCAACCCAAAGCAAAUACAAGAACUGUGAAUUGUGUGCAAAAUGGGAAGAAAAAUGCUAUAGAAACAGUGUAUAGUAAACCACGUAGAAGGAAUAGGAAGCUUGUUGACCUCUCAGAUGUAAAUAAAAGAUUAACAUUUGAAACUUCAGAUUGUAGCAAUAAUGAGAACUCAUUGCUGAUGGAUUCCAGCCUUGAGCACUGUAACUCUGUGAACAAACCUGAGGGUUGUGGUACAAUAAAUAGUGUGCCACAAAGCUUAGACAAGUGUGACACAAUAGACAGCGUGCCAACAAGGUCAGACAGAUGUGGCAGAAUAGACAAGGUGUUGCCACUGUCAAGUCGAUGUGUUUCAAACCAUAAUCAUAAGAGUGUUGAAAAUAAGUCUCCACAGAAAAGGAAAUCUACAUCAUCAGAAGAAAAUACAGCAUUAUACAUGAAGGACUCAAAUCCCAAACGAUUAAUUGGUUCAAAACAAGGCGAAUAUGAAAUAGCUACUGAAGCAUCUGAAAUAACAGGUAGAAUUACUAGAUCCAGCACAAAUUCUAACAGUAAUAAAUUAACUAAUAACAGAACUUCAAUUACAAAAAUUGAGAAACAAAAAUCAGUAAGAUGCAGAGGAAAACGAAAAGUUAAUGAUAAUACAACCUCGGAGAAAGACACUCCCGAAUCAUCAUACACAUACAAGGAUAAAGUAGUAGACUGUAGUAUUCCCACAAACAGCAGUCAAAAAUUUAAUAGCGAAUUGAGUAAACAAGCAGAGAGAUUAUCGAGUAAAGAUAUAAAAUGCUCGAGGGAUAACCAGUUUCCUUCUGUAUCAGACUCGCAUAAUAAUUCGUAUUUCAGCUCCUCACAAGUUCGCAGAAGAAAGCUACUCAGUAUGGAUGUUAUGAAUCCCUCUCAAGAACUUAUAAUACCUGUUACUCCAGAUGCUCGUGAAAAACUUACAUCGGGACCAUACGCUGAACUACAGAUUAAAGGCACCAGAACACAGCGAGCAAUGCUGAGGAAUCAUAGAGAUAGAAGUGCGUCUAUACCACUGCCACGUAACCACAAGACUAAAUCUUGUAAUAAAAAGUUAUCUACUGAAUUUUGCUCUUUAUUAGAAAGGAAAAAAUAUGAGUCUAUAUCAGAAGAAAAUGAGUUAAAUAAAAUAGAUUCAGACACUUCAUUGUCAUCUCAAAAUAUGUUACAUAAAGAAUCUACAUCAGAGGAUGAAACACUUUAUAGCUCUGGGAAUGAUAGUGUGUUUCAGAAGUCAAAAAUCAAACCACUUCCACGAACUAGAAGAUCAACGGAAGAAUUUGAGUUUAAGAACGGCAUAACACCAAAGGGAGGGAAGCGAGAUAGACCAAAACGUGUCAAGAAAUUGUCAAUGUGCAUCACAAGUGUACAUUCCAAAGAAAUGAGUAUCCUCAUUCCAAUAAUCAAGAAACUUGGAAGUUAUGGUGUAACUGAACACGUGAACAGCGACACAUCACAUGUAGUGUGCGGAGCAGCCAGACGCACGAUGAAUCUCUUGCUUGGCAUAGCGAGGGGAUGUUGGAUUGUCGAUGUAUCUUGGCUAUAUCAGUCCUUGGAAAUGGGAACUUGGGCCCCUGAGGAACCUUUUGAAAUAUUUACAUUUGCCCCAGGAGCUAAGAUUUGUCGAGAACAAAAGCAGCUUCAAGGAGCCUCGUACAAGCAUACACUCUUCUCUGGAGUAGGUGGCAUUUUUGUUCUGGAGGGAUGUGUACCUCCGUCAGAUCAGCUACAGCUCCUGUUGCAUUUGUGUGGGGCUGUAGUGGUAUCAAACAUUCGCAGUGCAAAUUUGGUAAUAGGUAUUCCCACUGCUGCAUCAGGAGCACGAGGGAACUUUGCCCAGAUUACCCAUGUGUCGGAGAAGUGGGUUCUAGACUCCAUACAGCAUCAUAAAAUUCAUCCUUUUCAUGAUUAUUCAUUGAGUCCAACUACAUGAAACAUAUUACUGUAGCAAUUGUUUGAUAGUAGGUUGGUAAACACUAGCCACUCUGAGAGUGUUAAAAGAAGCCUGUUAAACAUUUUGCUCUGGUAGGAUUGCUGCUCUUUUUUUUUUUUUGUCUCUUAGAAAUGGAAGAUAACAUGUAAAUUUUACAGUCAGUAUACUCAUUUAUUUUAUGUGUAUUUCUUACUCCUGUAAAAUUUCAUUUCUUAUUGAAGAAGCCUGGUUAUGUUUCAGGGGCAGUGAUAUUAACUCAAUCUUCAGAUAAUAGUGUGUGAGGAAUAUGGUUCCUGAAUAUUAAACCUAAAUUGUGUGGUGAUCUGUCGAUUGUAAACUGAAAUCGUGUUAGCUUUAUAAUUUGACAUUUAUAUAAAUGUGAUCAUGUUCUUUCACUAUAGUGUGUAAAAGGUAAAAAUAAUCUUGUAUUUAAAAGGACUGGCAAUAGAGUAUUAUGUACACAAGUAUAUCCAGUCACUAUUAAACAUGAUAAUAAGGAGUCAUUAAUAAUUGAUCAUCUUAAUAAUAAGUAUUUAUAUCAAUGGUUCAGAGCUACAUGUGAUUACUAGAGCUGUAGUGUGAUUGUGAGGGAAAAAAUAUAUACAUGUACAGUAGACAUAAUUUAAGUACAGGAGGGCCCUGCUUAUACAGCAGGUUAGGUUCUAGCUACCGCUGUAAAGUGAAAGUUUUUUUUUUUUCACUUUCAAAUGCAUAUCAAGCCUAAUAACAUGUUUACACCAUCAUAUAUUAAGUGAGCUCUAUAGCUAGGCCUAAAAAAUGCCUGUACAGUACACACAAAAUAUUCUUGUCCAUAGCUUAUAGCGAGUGGUGAAUAUAUAUAUUGUAGGAAGUCUGAAUAAAUGAGGAAUAGGCAUAAUUAAAAACUGUUAUAUUAGUGAACUGCUGUAAAGUGGGUCCUGUCUGUACAUGUAUGGUAUACAAUAGUGACAAGAUAAAGAUUUACACCAUCCAGAGGCUGUAUUGAUAAAGCCUCUGGAUGGUGAAACAUCUACAGUGAAGAUACCCAGAUGUUGCGUGUGUGUGUAAUUCUUCAGACAUAAUUUGUGUUAAAUUACUAUUUCAAAAAGCUUCAUCAUUAUAAAGACGACAAAGUUUACUAAAUUGUUAAUAUUUAUUAUAGAUCAUAAAUGUUUAUUUACUGAAAAUUUAAGUUUUUAUUUCUUUUGAAACUUUUCAAGGAUUGGAAUUCUCUAAAUAUUGUGCUUGUCAAGAAUAUAUAGUUGUAUAUUUAUAUUUAAUAUUAUUAAUUGUAUUUUAUCCAUAUAAGACAUGUAAUAUAGAGAUUUUAAACACUGUACAGGUGCUCCUUGACUUAUGAUAUUUCGACUUCAUGAUGGUCAAAAGCAAUUACUUGGGAGAUGGAACUUGAGAUAAUUACCCACCAUGACGGCAGCAAGUCCGUAACUUGUAUUUAUUUAUUUACUUUUCAAUACUGGUAUUUAGUUACUGUAAUUAUUUGUAUAUUGACUUAUUCAGUGACAGUAGUUAUUUAUUUACUUAUUUAUUUAGUAUAUAUUCAUAUUCGACUUAGGAUAUUUUUGACUUAGAGUAGGUUCAUCAGAACGUAGCCCCAUUGUAAGUCAAGGAGCACCUGUACUUCCAGGGUCAGAUGACCCUUAUAAAUGGUUAGUGAUGUUAGUGAACAUAAUCAUUUUAAACUGUGGCUGUGUCACCGUACUUUGGUGGGAGAUUGC